AUGCAUACAUGCAUACCUCCAGUCAUUCGUGCCUUCAACACAUGGACUUCUGCUUCAAACUACUUCACGUUUUCCAUGGUUGAUGAUGUUGCUAGUGCUGAUUUAAAGAUUAGUUUCGAAAGCCCAAAUCAUGGUGAUGGAUAUGCCUUUGAGGGAGCGACAUUGGCGCAUGCUUUUGCGCCAACAGAUGGGAGGUUUCAUUAUAAUGCGGCUCUGAGUUGGUCUGUGGGACCAGGACCAGUUCAAAAUGCUAAUGAUUUAGAAUCGGUGGCGCUUCAUGAAAUAGGACAUCUACUUGGGUUGGAUCAUAGCCAAGAUCCAAAUGCUGUAAUAAUGUGGAGUAGCAUCCAGACAGGAACUAUAAAGCAGGAGUUAAAGUCCGAUGAUAUCCAAGGCAUCAAAGUUUUAUAUGGACUUAAUUAA